GCGGUGGGGGGCGCCCUGGGACGAAGCCCUGUUGCAUGCCGGGCGCCGGCUGCAUAAAGAGCCGACGGUAAAGAGGAGCCGCAGCAGAGGCAGAAGCGGACCUCCCAGCGCCGCUAUCGCACGCUCGCUCCCCGAUUCGGCAGCCGAGGUUGGACCCGGCCUCCUGCCUGCGAGAGACCGGCUACAGAGAGCAGGGAUGCGGCUUCUUCGGGCCCGGUGGCGUGGCUGCGGCUGCAGGAGGGAGCGGACAUGCCCGUAGGUCUGCAGACAAAAGAGCCGCCUGCGCUUGCAGCUGCCCGCCCAGCCAGCCCGCCGAGGGGAGGCGGAGGCGGAAAGGGGCCCUGCUGCUAGCGCUUCAGGUCCUGGAGAGAAAGAGCCGCCUCCCCGCCGUGGUUGCGGCCGGCAGAAGGAGAAGACCGAGGAGAGGAAGACGCAGUCCCGCUUUUGCGGCGCCUUGGUUGGAUCUUCCGCUGCUCCCCCCCCCUGUCCGCCCCGAUCCUCCGCGCAGAUGAGCGCAGGCCCUGGCCGCCGGGAAAGCUCUCUGGUUAGCCUCUCUCCCCAAGCAAUGGCCCGAGGGAAUGCGGAGGCAGGCUGCCCGCGGGGCCCCCAGGAGGGACUUACGGAACGCGCCGCGUCCUAGGGGAGAAAAACCCACCGGGGGGGGAGGGGAGGUGAGCGCUUCUCUCCCACCACCGCCUUUGCGUCUCCUAGUUCUCCCCACCGGAGCCUCUGGCCAGGUCCUCCGACCGACCCCCCCCUACACACCAGGACCCCCCAGCUAUAUAUCCCCGAUCCCUCGAUUAACCCCUUGCUGUACAUCUCCAGGAGGCCUUAAUUUUCUUCAUAACCGGCUGUAUCCCCUUGUUCCUUUACUGCGCCCCAUCACCUUUUGUCCCCCCAAACAGACACACACACACACACACCUGUAAGCAGGCAACCUGCCUUUAUCGCCACCGACAUUUCCUCUCCCUUUGGUGCCCGAGAUGGGGGUCCCGGGUCUUGCUCCCCGCUCUCCGCCCUGUGGUCCCCGGUCCCCCCCCUUGCAGCCCUCUUCCUCCUCCUCGUCGCCAUCCCCCGAUGCCAGGCAGGGGCACAGCUAAUCGCCCUUGCCCCCCUACCCCACCCCACCCCACCUCUUGGCCCCCUCCCCUCCCCUCCCCUCCCAAAGCUGAACGCUGCCGUCGUUGUCGCCGUUGCUGCCGCCGCCGCCGCCGGAGGAGGUAAAUGAUGUUCAAGUACCGGAUCCGCAUGUUCUUCAACGAGCUGAAGCUGCUGGUGUUGAUGCGGCGGGGCCGGCCGGAGCCCGAGCCUGGAGCCGAGGAAAGCCGGGGGGCGCUGGGAGGCAGCGGCUGCGGCUGGCCCCCUUUUGCCGAUUGCUCGGCCCGGCAGGACGAUGAGGCGGAAUAUUAUGGCGGGGGAGGCGCCGAGACCCGGCCCCGGAGCCUGGCCCUGGAAGAGAAGGAUCCCCGACCUCAGCCCCCCGGGCACCAACCAGGGCAGCAGCCCGGAGCGGCCGGGACCGGAGGAGCUUUGGACUCUGUGUCGCUCAGCAGCAGCUUGGACAGUGGCAUGAGAACCCCGCAGUGCCGGAUUUGCUUCCAGGGACCUGAGCAGGGGGAGCUGCUAAGCCCAUGUCGCUGUGAUGGGUCUGUCCGCUGCACCCACCAGCCCUGCUUGAUUCGCUGGAUCAGCGAACGGGGUUCCUGGAGCUGCGAGUUGUGCUACUUCAAAUACCAGGUCUUAGCCAUUAGCACAAAAAAUCCCUUGCAGUGGCAGGCGAUUUCCCUGACGGUGAUCGAAAAGGUGCAGAUUGCAGCCAUCAUCCUGGGUUCUCUCUUCCUCAUUGCCAGCAUCUCGUGGCUCAUCUGGUCGUCCCUGAGCCCCUCCGCCAAGUGGCAGCGGCAGGACCUGCUCUUCCAGAUCUGCUAUGGGAUGUACGGCUUUAUGGACAUCGUCUGCAUAGGUCUGAUUAUCCACGAGGGCUCCUCGGUGUAUCGAAUAUUCAAGCGUUGGCAAGCGGUGAACCAGCAGUGGAAGGUGCUGAACUAUGACAAGGCCAAGGACCUGGGGGAGCCAGUUGGCGGGAGCACAAAGCCUGGAGGGCGUAAUUCACGGACGAACCCCUCCUCAGGGAGUGAGAGGACCUCCCAGCGGGGCCAGCGGGUUAGGACUAUUUUGAACCAUCACUGUGGUUAUACAAUUCUGCACAUUCUCAGCCACCUGCGGCCUAAUGAACAUCGUGGGGGCUCCAGUUCAAGCCGUGAGGUUGUCAUGAGGGUGACGACUGUAUAAUAACAGCCUACGGAGCCUUUGCCAAGAGGGAGAGGCUCCACAGUUGUUCCCAUGGGAGGAAGAAGCCGAUGCCUUUGCUUCCGCACAGGCUCCAUUCUGAGCCCCUACGGGGUAGGGCGCACGCUGUGUACUCUCUGACACAGGAGGUACCUGGUCCCAUGGCGUUGCCACAGACCCCACCCGCCUCUUCCUUGUUGUGCGUGGGGAGUGCCUCAACUUAGUUGCACCUUCCUACCCUCCCAUCAAUGUGAAAUUUUUUUUCUCUCUCCAUCCAGGCUUGUGGUGAAAAGAGAGACCCCACCCACCCACUUUUCCUUUGUUAUGACUAAACUCUUUGGAAGUAUGGUGGGUUUUUUUAUUUAUUUAAUUUUCUUUUUUUAAAAAACAAAAAACCAACAAUAACAGCCCCCUGCCUGGUUCCUUCUGAAUGCGUCUUGGCGCCAACCAAUCCAGAUAUUUGAAAACAUUUUUACCUCAUCUUUCAAAGGAAAAUCCUGCCAGAAGACCCAUCCUGCCUUUCCAACCCAUCCCAUUGGUCUCUCUGACCAGGAGACACCAAGCAGAGAGGUUCUGAACUUUUACCCAUCCAAAAUAAAAAAAUGAAAAAUGGUGCAAUAAACAUGUUUCUUAAAGCAAAACGGGAUCUCUCGCAAUAAGAUAAUUACUUGUACAUUUCAUCUUUUGUUUAAUGCAUGAAAAUCUCUCUUCCUCCCUACCUUCCCGCACUUUUCCUUCUC